AUAAAAAUAUAAGCCUAAAUAGAAAAGGUAGAAUAUUAAUAUCUUUAGUUUAGAAAAACAUAACUUACCAAGUGGGUGUGGGUGCGGUUUUGCCUACUUUAUUACCACUAUAUCUACACACCCACACCCACACCCACACCCACCCACACCCACACCCACAUCCACACCCACCCACAGCCACACCCACACCCUCACACACUCACACAAACCCACCCACACCCAUACCCACACCACACCCACCCCCACACCCACACCCACACCCACACCCACACCCUCACACACUCACACAAACCCACCCACACCCACACCCACACCCACACCACACCCACACCCACACCCACACACCCACACCCACCCACACCCUCUUGCAACGUACGAACUUUAUGCUCCAGAAUAUUAGAUGCUCUGAUCAUUGUAGCGUUAUUCUUUGAGAGUUUGAUAAACGCUUGGCUGGAGGUCGUCAAAGAUGCCCUCCUUAGACGAGUAUUUCAUAUGAGUUUUAUAUACAGCUUAAAUCAGUUUUACCUAUAAACUUAUUUUGUGCUUUUCUUUUUACUUGUUGACAGCUACCUUUGACAGUAACCAACAUAUAUUCUUGAGGUAAUUUUUACAUGUGAACUUUCUGUUUUUAUGUAACAAGCUAUCUUUAGAAUAGUAUAAGAUAUCGUAUAAAAACAUGGGUCUUUUUUUCACGAUUUAUUAUGAGUAAAGAAUACAAGUAAACGACAAAUAUCAUUCAUCACCAUUAUCUUCUUCUUCCGUUGUAGUUUCUUCUUCUAAAUUCGGUUCAAAAUGUUCUUCGAGAAAAGAAUCCGCAUCUUUUAAUGUUUUUUCAACUUUUUUCACAUAUUGGAAGUAGCUCGUGGCUAAUUUUGCAUCAACAGAAUCCAUAAAAUCUAAGAUUAGAUUAUAAACAUCAUUUUCUUUGAACGUGACGUUGCGAUCACGAAUGUAUUGUUUUAAGUUAUUCUAUGAUAAUUCAAUUGGAUUAAGAGAACAACGGCGGUGAGGCAAUCUAAUAACUUGUACACUGAGUUGUCCCGCAACUUCAUCAGUCUUGCAAAGAGAAUAGUAUCAAGGUUUUUUUUAGUAAUGAUAGUCUAACCCAGAAAAUGAAUAUAAAUCUUACUAUAUUUUAUUUCGGUAGAGCAUUAGCUAAAACUAGCUCUAGUAGCUCAGCUUUCACACAACGAUUAUCAAAUGGAACACCAUGCUUAUUCAACCAUUCUUGUACUUUUGCUUUUUGCCAUGAUCUUUUUGGUGCAAUAGAUUCUGGUGUGAGUACAUUGUGCCACGCUGCAUUAUCUACUACAAUUGCAAUUUUAGUUCCAUUUCCUACAAGACAGACAGAAGGAUUCAAAAAAGAACCAUUAUCGGCACGACCAGCUAUACAAAUAGCAACAGAUCAAUUUAUUAUUUUUUUAGAUUAUGAAGUUAUUAGUGAAACAUCAUCAAUUGAUGAAGCUCUAUGUACUAUUAUUUCAUUAUAUGUUAUAUUUGAAUUACAAUUUGGUAUACACAAUCGAAUUAUUCAAUUGUUGUAUCGUAUUCUAUUAAAACAAUCUGGAGCAUUAACAAAACCACUACGUAUUUUAUUGAAUCAAUGGAAUUUUAUUAUUGAUAAAAAAGAAGAUGAAGAAGGUGGUCAUAUAGUGACAACAAACUCGACAAAUUUCAAAACUAUUACAGCUACAGUUGAAAGUGUGACACAAGUCGAAGAUAAUCAAACUGAUGAUUUACCAGAUAGUGAAGAACAAGAAGAAAUAUAUGUCGAAACUACAACAGGUAAUAGUCAAGAUCAAACAACAGCUACAAAUAUUGGUGAUAAGGAUCUGAUCAAUCAGUAUUCAUCAGAAUCAUCAGAUUCUUCUUCUUCAUUAUCACCAAUUGCUCCUCUACUUGUUAUUCACAUUUUACCAACAGAAGAAGAACAACAAAGACAAACAGUAUCUUCACCAUCUUCGAACGACAACAUAUUAUAUGAAGUAAAUAACAAACAGCAAGUAUCAUCACCAUCAACUGAUCGAUCGUCAACUAUUUCAAAUAGAAAAACUUGUCAAGCAAAAAAACGUCCUGCUAGUUCCGAAGAACCAAUAGCAUUACGUGUAAAACGUACACGAGUUAAAAGACAAAUUAACUAG